AUGGCAGAUUGGUCCAAAAUGCCAGAUGAUCCAUUGAAGCUCAUUGCAGAAAAGCUGCACUCGGUUGAGGAUUAUGUAAGGUUUGGGGGAGUGUGCAAGUCAUGGUAUUCCAUAUUUGAAGACAAGGAAUGUUGUUGUCCAAGUUCAAAGAGUCCAUGGCUGAUGCUGGCAGAGAAGGAAAAUAGUGAGAUACGUGGUUUCUACAGUCCUUUGAGCGGCAAGGUUUAUGAAAUUCGGCUACCAGAGGUGGUGGGAAAGUGGUGCUGGGGCUCUCCUUAUGGCUGGUUGGUUACUAUUGGCACUGAUUUGGACAUGUGUUUGCUAAACCCCCUGACAAGAGUCCAGAUUCUACUUCCAUCACUGCGUGCAUGCCCAAAUCUGAAUACACUUAUCGACUCCUCCACCCAGGGAUCCCGACCCAAAGACAUUUUCAUAUACAAAGCUGUAUUGUCCUCAGCUCCAUCUUCCCCAGAUUGUGCAGUUAUGAUCAUCUACUCAGAUUAUGGGAGAUUGGCAUUUACAAAGCCAGGCCACCAAACUUGGACUCUAUUGGAAUCUGAAUCUGGGCCAGUUGAUGACAUAAUCUACUUCAAUGGUAGCUUCCUGGCUGUUAAUUUGUCAUGGGAAGUAUGGAUUUGUGAUAUUAGUGGCUCACAAUUGAAGACAAUACGUUUUGCAGCAGCACCAGCACUGCAGGACGUAGAUGAGAUAGAGUACGAAGCCAAAUAUCUUGUGGAGUCAGGAGGGGAAAUUUAUAUGGUCACAAGAAAUCUUUAUGACACUGCACGUAGGGAUAUCCCAUAUAUGAGAACAUGGACAUUUUCCGUGCUCAAAUUGGAUAUGUGCAAGAAAAGGUGGGAGGAAGUGGAGAAUUUGGACCAUUGCUCUUUCUUCUUGGGUAAUAAUCAUUCCUUUUCAACUUGGGCUUCUGAUUACCCAGAAUUUAGGAAGAAUUCCAUAUACUUCACUGAUGACUAUUGUGGGUUUCUCAACAUCCCACGUAAUUUUGAUAUGGGUAUCUACAAUUUUCAGAAUACACAGAUAGAGCAUUAUCCUGUUGGACACGAUGCACUUUCUAUGUUUUCUGCACCACUUUGGAUCAGGCCAAGCUUCUGCUGA